ACACUUGGAACACAACAACAUAUUACUGUCAUGAUUUUGUUAAUCCUACGUGGAGCGUGUGAAAUUGAAAUUAAACGAGGUCGCGCGUUUCAUCUUCUUGCAACCUAUUCUUCUCCCCACCAAACCAAAGCACAAUACAUAUAAUUCUUUCUUUCCUUUUCUUGCUCAGCUUUGUUGGCACUGGAACUCUGUUUCUCACUCUACUCUCUCUCUAUAUCCUUAUCUCUUGAAACAUCUGCGAAGAUUACCUUCAACCAACAGAUUACUUAACAAUGGAUGGGAAUGCUUCAAAUGAUGAGAGUUGCAACAUUGAUUGGGAUACAGAUGAUGAAAGGGAAAUUGGAAACUUCCCCCCAUCUUCAAGCUCCAGUUUUUCAGUUCCUAAUGGAGAUGUCAAUGCUGGCAGUGGUGAGGGAUGUUCUUCUGCAGGUUCUGCCAAAUAUAGGUUGAUCCAUGACAUGAAGUUUCCUGAAGAAUUGGUCAUUAAAGCAAUUGAGCAAAACGGAGAAACAGAGGAUUUUGAAUCGAUAUUAGAAACUGUUCUUGUGCUGCAGGCUCUUGAAAAUUCUCCUGAGCCACAACAAGUUGUCGAUUCUGAUCAGUGCUCUUCAGCAUACGAUGAUGGCUUCUUGGAUGGUCUCUCAGAUUCAGAUAGCUGGUGUGCAAGUGAGAUAGCUGAUACUACAAAUUCUUCAUCAUUGGACGACAAAAGAGUAUUGGCCUUGACAAAUAUGGAAUACUCGAUCGAAGAAGCCUUAAUAGCCAUUGACAGAUGUGGUCCUGAGGCUUCAAUUGCCGAACUAACAGAUUUUAUAACUGCUGCUCAAAUGGCAAAGACAGAUGAUACCUUUUUUAGGGAGCUGCCAGAUGAGAGCAAGAAGCACUUGGAGAGAAAGAGGAAGCUUUAUGAGUUGGAACUGCUGAAAAAGAAAAAAAGGGGAAGAGGGGCUUAUGAUGCUGCUGAAGACAAUGAUACUAUCCGUCUUCCGAUACCAAUGGUUGGCUUUGGACUGCCUACAGCAGAAGGGAGUUUAGUAAUUCAUAGAAACCUUCCAGAGGCAGCAAUUGGACCACCAUACUUCUACUACGAGAAUGUAGCUCUGGCUCCAAAAGGAGUCUGGGACACCAUUUCUCGCUUUCUCUAUGAUGUCCAACCAGAAUUUGUUGAUUCGAAACAUCUAUGUGCUGCUGCAAGGAAAAGAGGUUAUGUCCAUAACCUGCCUAUUGACAACAGAUUUAUGCUUGUGCCACUUCCUCCACGGACUAUACACGAUGCUUUGCCUAUGACAAAGAGAUGGUGGCCUGCAUGGGAUACCCGGACAAAGUUAAACUGUUUGCAGACAUGUAUUGGGAGUGCUAGACUCACUGACAGAAUCCGCAAAGCUCUUGAAAAGUAUGAGGAUGAUCCACCUGAGAGUGUGCAGAAGUAUGUCAUUGAUCAAUGCAAGAAGUGGAACUUUGUUUGGGUAGGAAGGAAUAAGGUGGCACCUUUAGAGUGUGAUGAGGUGGAGAUGCUGCUGGGUUUCCCUAAAAACCAUACCAGGGGAGGUGGUAUAAGUAGAACUGAUAGAUACAAAUCUCUUGGCAACUCAUUCCAGGUUGACACUGUGGCCUAUCACUUGUCUGUGCUGAGGGAUCUGUUUCCUGGUGGGAUUAAUAUGUUGUCACUUUUUUCUGGCAUCGGAGGUGCAGAGGUGGCCCUUCACCGGCUUGGUAUCCGUCUGAAAAAUGUUGUCUCGGUGGAGAUUUCUGAAGUCAACAGAAACAUUGUCAGGAGCUGGUGGGAGCAGACAAACCAAAAAGGAACGCUGAUUCACAUUGCUGAUGUCCAGAAACUGAAUGCUGAUAGGCUAGAGCACUACAUGGCUUCAUUCGGCGGCUUUGACUUGAUUGUUGGUGGUAGUCCAUGCAACAAUCUGGCUGGCAGUAAUAGGCAUCACAGGGAUGGGCUUGAGGGUGAACACUCUUCGCUCUUUUACGAUUAUUUUCGUAUAUUGGACCUUGUUAAGUGCAUGAUGAGCAGGCGUUAGUUCAUUCCUUAUCCGUCUCUUUAUGUUCUUAGUUUAGCGCCAGUCUCUGUUUUAACUUGCUGUUCAUUUAAUCUUGAUUAUGUGUAAUUAAGAACAAGUAGGAUGGAUGAACGCAGUGUUUACUAGUUGUAUUUUCUCAGUCCUACACAAAGACUUGUACUUGGAGUUGGUUUGCAGAAGUCUACAUUACUUGUUCUAUGUUCCUGCUCCAGCAAAGAGCCCUUGUUAGGAUUUAGGAAGCCAUGAAGGUAGUGCCCCACCCCAGUUAGCCUUUUGUUUUCUGACGUUUUAAUAAUGAUCAAUUUAAUUAUGAACAAGUUGUAUUUUGCAUUU